AUGGAAGAAGAACAAAAUGAAAUAGAAGAUCACUUUGAAGCCUUACUCAAUGAUAUUGAGGAACUGCAAGAUGAAGUGGAAGACGAUGAUGAGGACCCUGAUGAAAAUGGUGUUGUCCUCGACAUUGACGUAGAAGCGCUUCCUGAUGAUAUACGCUUGGAAGUCCUGAAACAAACCAAUGAAAGUACCACGGCAGCAGCCUGGAGAAGCAGCCAGGAGCAAGCAGAUAAGGCAGCAUCGAAGUCCAAGAAACAAAAAGCAGAAAAAAUCAAGAAGAAAAAGAAGAAGGGGAAGAGGUCGAAGAGCGAGUCACAUGAAACAGAGCCAUGCGGCACGGCUACCGGAGGUGAAAAUGUGGAUGUCUUCAGUCCUCUGGAGUCCCAGGAGGAGACACGAGGUGGGGUCUAUGAAGAAAAGACGGAGAAGAAAGUAAGGAAGAAAAGGAAGAGCAAGAAACCAAAGAAAGUAACAGAUGAGACAGAGAUAAUUGAGGAAGAUAUAUCUGGUUUGAUGGAGCAAGAUGCAGCUGGCGACGGUGAGGGGGUUAAGCCUUUGUCACCCUUGGAGCAGCUAGAGGUUGAUCUAAUGAAAGCUGAACUUGAAGAGGUUGGCACAUGGGUGCAGUGUGACAACAGAUGGUGUAGAAAAUGGAGGUUGUUAAGAGAUGUGAGUGACCCAUCGGAGUUGCCAAAUAAGUGGACCUGUAAUAUAAGUACAGAUGAAGACUUCGACAGCUGUGAUAUACCUGAGCAAACCUGGGACAAGGAAAAUGAGGAGAACUUUGUUUAUGCAGAGUUUACUGAAGGUUCUAUCGUCUGGGCCAAGAUGGAUGGAUAUCCAUGGUGGCCUGCGAUGGUCCAGAAUGAUCCUGACCUGAGGACAUUCUAUGAGUCGGAGGACAUUAAUCCUAUGAUGCCAUUGUACUACCAUGUUGUGUUCCUUGACAAGAAGCAAUCUCGUGCCUGGGUGAGGAAGGGCUCUAUCAAGGCAUUCAACUGCAACCAAGAGGAAGAAGUGGUCGCUUUCCCUUACAUGGCCAAAGGGCAGAGCUACAAGAAACAGAGAGAUUUUGCCCUUCAACAGGCUGUGAAUGCUGCUGGUAUGAGCAUUGAAGAAAAGCUAACAAAGUUUGGAUUCAAACAGAAGAAAUGUUCAAAGCAAAGUCAACGUUAUCAUGAUUUGCAAAUGUCGAUGUCUGAUGAUGACGAUUUUGAUGUUCCCAUGCCAAAAGAGCGUGGCAGUCGCAAGAAGAGAAAAGUUGACGGGGAAAAUUUGGAUGAUGUGAAACCUGUCUCAAAGCACGGGAAGUCAGAUGUAAAGAAGAAAGUCAAGAAAGCUAAAUCAAGAGAGAGGACGGAUAAAGACGGGAAGAAGAUGAAAAAGAAGAAAACCAGAAACGACGUUGAGAAACACUUGAAAGUGCUACCUGAAAACCCUAAAGUAGACUUUAGAUUUAGAAGUAGUAGUCAGAAAUGUAGUAGUGGUAGUCAAAAUCGUAGUAGUCAGAAGAAUGACAGGGUAUACUGUACUGAUAAUGAGAAUGAAGGGGACGUUUUAGAUCUUGAUGAUGCGGAUGAUGAUCAUGUUGAUGAUGGGGUUGUUACUGCUGAAAAUAAAGAAGUUUGCAGUGAUGAAAUUAUCCUAAAGGAGGGCAAAAUUUGUGGAGAGGUGACAGAGAAGGAUGAUGUGGUUGAGAAGACACAAGAAUAUGAUAUGGAAGUACCAGAUACAACAGGGUAUGCAACAGUUAGGGAGACGGGCAAUAAAGGGAAGAUGAAGUGUAAACCUAAGAAAAAGGAAAUGAUUGAAAAAGACACGGAGGGAAAGAUAGCAGAGAUUGCUGAAAAUGGUGAUGGUAAAAAGAAGAAAUCGGCAAAACUGAAUAAGAAAGAGCCAUCUGAGUGUGCAAUUGGUGGAGAGAAGAAAUUGGUUAAAUCUAAAGAGAAGGUGAUGUCUGACAAUAGAGAGAAGAAAGCAGUUAAGCCAAAGAAGAAGGUUGCCACUAGCGAGGGUGAUGAUGGGGAGAAGAAAGUAGUUAAGCCAAGGAAGAAGGAGGGAGUUGAUGGGGAGAAAAAAUUGAAGAAGAAUUUGUUGAAGAAGUUUGGUGAGGAAGGUGUUGGAAAAGAUGCUGGUAUGGCUACAGAUAAUGGUGAUGAUGGUGAAAAGGAACCAAAGAAGAUAAUGGCUAUAAAGAAGAGGAAGAAGAAUGAUAUAGAUAAGGAAAAUGUGAAACUGAAAGAGAAGAAAAAGAAGAAGCUAAAUAGUGAAAACACCGAGGACAGAAAGAAGAAGAAGGCUGUGAGUGAGACUGGGGAAGUAAAGGAGAAAAAAAUACAGAAGAAGCGCAUAAAGUCUGAGAGUGAAGGUGAAGAGAAGCGGAAGAGGAAGAAAGUGAAAGGAAAGGGGGAUCCUGUGAAGACUGAGGCAUCCGCAGACUCGGAGUUGACCCGUGAUGCCGCUGAAAAGGAGAGUGUCAUUGAAUCUGUGAAGGCAGCAGAGGACAAUGCGAAGGAGACAGAUAUUCCUGGUAGCAAGUCUAAGAUAUCUUGGAAGAAAGUCCAAGGCAGUCCCUGUUCGUCACAACCAAAGGUAUGCAGCAGUCCGUCAGCAAAGUCUGACCAGAAAGCUGAGAAAAGUCCCAUACAGGCGGUCGCCCAUAUUCCCAAGACCGUUGAUAAAAUGCAUAGCAGUCCGGCUAAAGCUGUUAAAGCUCAAACAGCAUUGAAGAUGGAGAAGAAAGUUGCUGGUCCAAUGGAUCGUUUUCUUGUCAAGCCCAAGUCGAAGUUUGUAGCCCCCGUCGUUAGUAGAUCUACUGCAAAUGUUAAGACAGACACAACCCAGACUGUUGUGAAGACGAAAGCCGUUACCCCAAAGAAAACUUCAAAACUUGGUCUAAGAAAGGAAAAGAAUAACGAUGCCAAAUGUCGAAAAGAAAGUUCCCAGAAUCAUAAAGUCAAGAUUUCAGCAGAAGUACAUGAAGUUUUUGACAAGGAUAGUCGGGAAUUGGAUCUGGUGCUACUGGAGGCAUCGAAGGAAUCCUUUCAAUGCACUGUACCAGCUGAUCCAAGACCUGAGAGCCCUGUCAUGGAAUUUGAAGACCUUGACAAGCCAGACAGUCAAGUUUUACAGGUCCCCACAAGAUGUGACAGCCCUGAAUUUGAUCUCGCUGACAACCCCGACCGCCAGGCAAUGGAUGUCGGACCUGUAAGUCCUGCCAUGUCAAUGGCAGAAGAUGAAAGCCAGGAGAUGGAUCUUGAUGCUGAUUCCCAACCGAAGCAUAUUCAGGAAAGCUCUAGUCCACUUAAAGUAGUUAAUGAAAGUUGA